AUGGUCUCCGUGCGACGUAUUGCUGUAGCCACGAGCUCGGCGACCAUCCGACUGACGAGUUUAACGUUUCUGCGAUGGAUCCCUGGUCAUCACUUUGUGCCUCUCGUGGUUACCUCCCUAGUAGUGUAUCUGUCGUCAAUAUCAUCCUUGCUCAAGGAUACCACCCAGUCUCACCAAAGUCAGGCGGCUAAAGCCCGAAGCUCGAACAGGUAUAAGCCAGUGUCUAGCCGUGGAAAAUCUGGGGAUUCCGUGCUUAAAACACUGUUGACAGGGCUGCCCUCGGCAAAGUGGCCCCUGUGGACCAGGAUCACAAUCUUGAUCAAUGUCGUCCUGGCACUGCUAACGCUUGACUUCUUGACCCGUGGUAUUCUAUUUUAUCCAACCACAGAUGUUGCCUUCUCGCGCGUCGGAUAUGUUUCCCCGACCAGUGCCAACUUGGUCUUUCGGGAGCCAGACCCAGCUCACCUACCAGUGACGGUCAUGUUCCAGGAGACCUCUCCACUGAGCCAGGACUGGUACGAAGAGGGCAUUGUUUACAAGUUGGAUAACUCGACCGACUUCACCACGACUGUGACCCUAACCGACCUGAAGCCCGCAACGCGAUAUCGCUAUUCGCUGUCUAACAACCAGUCUGGCACAUUUGUCACAGCGCCAGAACCCGAAACCCCACAAGCAAGCCGACUAUCUUUUGUAACAUCAAGUUGUCUGAAGCCAAACUUCCCUUACAAUAUCUUAUCACACCCACUACGGAUCCCAGGCCUCGAGCAAAUGACCGACGCCCUCGCCAAACUACCUAAGCUACUUCGCCCAGCAUUCAUGCUCUUCCUAGGCGACUUCAUCUACAUAGAUGUCCCCUGGCGCUUCGGCUCAACAAUGUCGCAUUACCGCAGCGAGUACAGGCGUAUCUACUCAUCCCCCUCAUGGACACACGGAUCAGAAGGGAACCGCGCCAUUGACCUCCCCUGGCUACAUACUCUGGAUGACCACGAGAUUGAAAACGACUGGUCACAGGGUAACAAAACUUCCCCGUACCCGGCAGCCGCAGACCCUUUCAUCCACUAUCAUGUGCGAGGAAACCCACCCAUCCCUGCGGAACCCUUCGCUCAUCCAGACAAUGUAACCUACUUCGCCUUCACGCAUGGCCCAGCUUCGUUCUUCAUGCUGGACACGCGCACCUACCGCACUGAGCCCUCGCAAAAGAACUCAACAAUCCUCGGUCGUGCCCAGCUCCAAUCCCUCCUAGAGUACAUCUCAACCCCAGAGCCAGCCGGCACACACUGGAAAAUCAUAUCCUCCAGCGUGCCCUUCACGAAGAACUGGCACGUCGGCACGACAGAUACCUGGGGCGGAUUCCUGGACGAGCGCCGCGUCGUAUUCGAAGCAAUGUGGCGCGCAGAACGCGAGCUAGGAAUCCGAAUCGUCAUGCUCAGCGGUGAUAGACACGAAUUCGGUGCCACGAGAUUCCCAGACCCGGAACUUAACCUGGGUCGCGGUCAGCUUUUGCCAAAUACGGCUGGGCUGGGCCUCCAUGAGUUCAGCGUUGGCCCGUUGAGCAUGUUUUACCUCCCCAUCCGUACAUAUUACCAGACAGACCCUGAGGAUGUUAUGGUGAAGUAUGCGCCGAAUGGGAACAGUAAGUUCGGGCUUAUUGAUAUUGCGGAUGAGGUUGAAGAAGUUAGUUCGGCGGCUGCUGCUGCGCCUGUUCGGGCUCGCAGCUCGGUUCUGACUUAUUCGUUGUAUGUGGAUGGGGAGGUUGUUUGGAAGUAUCGUCUCAGUGUUCCAUUGGACCGCGAUGAGAGUGUCCAUAUCCCGUCUCUGCCGCCAGGUCGUGUGCUUGAAGAUGAGAUUCCGGACCUUAGUUGGAGUGUGGUGCUUGGGACUGUUGUUGGAAGGGUGCCAGAGUUGACGAAGUCGAUUGCGGGGACGGUUAAUAACCUCUACUUUCAACUUGCGGAUCGACUGGAGAAGGUUGAGAGACUUGCUUAG